GACUGUGUGCUGUGUCCUCCCCUUCCCCCCCCCUCAGCUGUGUGACUGUGUCUCUGGCGGUGUCAAUGGCUCCUCCUGCCGCGGACAGACGGGGCUUACGGGAGGGGAUCUCAUCGGGGCUCCUGUGAGAGAGCUCCAGACACCGGGAGCCGGGGGGACUGCACGGCGGCGAGGAGCCGACACUCAGGCGCGCUCACCCCUCUCUCUGUAUCCCCCGCACCGCUCGGCACCGACACAGGGCGAGCCCAGGAGCCCGGCCCUCCUCCCCGACUGUCAGCAAAUGAACUCGGUCAGAGCAGCGAACAGGAGACCCAGGCGAGUGUCGAGGCCGCGCCCGGUGCAGCCGGAGAGAAACAACGCUGGGGAGCGGGAUGAAGUGCCUGCAGACAUGGUUGCAGAAGAAUCAGGUCCUGGUGCACAGAAUAGUCCAUAUCAACUCCGCAGAAAAACUCUCGUCCCUAAAAGAACCGCUUGUCCAACAAAAAGCAGUAUGGAGGGUGCUUCAACGUCGACAACUGAGAACUUCGGCCAUAGAGCAAAACGUGCAAGGGUGUCUGGGAAAUCACAGGAUUUGCCUGCAGCACCUGCAGAACAAUAUCUUCAAGAAAAGCUGCCAGAUGAAGUGGUUUUAAAGAUCUUCUCCUACCUGCUGGAGCAGGAUCUCUGCAGAGCCGCUUGUGUGUGCAAGCGCUUCAGCGAGCUUGCUAAUGAUCCUAUUUUAUGGAAACGAUUAUAUAUGGAAGUGUUUGAGUAUACACGUCCGAUGAUGCACCCCGAACCGGGGAAGUUCUAUCAGAUUAACCCUGAGGAAUAUGAGCAUCCAAACCCGUGGAAGGAGAGCUUUCAACAGCUGUACAAAGGGGCACACGUUAAACCAGGGUUUGCGGAACACUUUUACAGCAAUCCCACAAGAUAUAAAGGCAGAGAGAACAUGCUGUAUUACGAUACCAUUGAGGACGCACUAGGCGGCGUGCAGGAAGCUCACUUUGAUGGACUCAUCUUUGUGCAUUCUGGCAUCUACACAGAUGAAUGGAUCUACAUAGAGUCUCCAAUCACUAUGAUUGGCGCAGCACCAGGAAAAGUUGCAGACAAAGUGAUCAUUGAAAACACUAGAGACUCCACGUUUGUUUUCAUGGAGGGUUCAGAAGAUGCUUAUGUUGGGUAUAUGACAAUCAGGUUUAACCCUGAUGACAAAUCUGCACAGCACCAUAAUGCCCAUCAUUGCUUAGAGAUCACAGUAAACUGCAGUCCGGUCAUUGAUCACUGUAUCAUACGCAGUACUUGCACAGUCGGCUCUGCGGUAUGUGUGAGCGGCCAGGGAGCAUGUCCCACUAUCAAACACUGUAACAUCAGUGACUGCGAGAAUGUAGGACUGUAUAUCACGGACCACGCAGAGGGUAUCUAUGAAGACAAUGAAAUCUCCAAUAAUGCUUUAGCCGGUAUAUGGGUGAAAAAUCACGGCAACCCGAUCAUUAGGAGAAAUCACAUUCACCAUGGGAGGGAUGUUGGCGUCUUUACGUUUGACCAUGGCAUGGGCUACUUUGAAAGCUGCAAUAUACAUAGAAAUCGAAUAGCGGGUUUUGAGGUAAAAGCCUAUGCCAACCCAACGGUGGUGAGAUGUGAGAUUCACCAUGGCCAGACAGGAGGGAUUUAUGUCCAUGAAAAAGGGAGAGGACAGUUCCUGGAGAACAAAAUCUAUGCAAACAAUUUUGCUGGUGUUUGGAUUACCUCAAAUAGUGACCCAACCAUACGGGGAAAUGCAAUUUUUAAUGGAAAUCAAGGCGGUGUGUAUAUAUUUGGUGAUGGAAGAGGCCUUAUAGAAGAAAACGACAUUUAUGGCAAUGCGUUAGCUGGAAUACAGAUCCGCACAAACAGUUGCCCUAUUGUCAGACAUAACAAAAUUCACGAUGGUCAGCAUGGUGGAAUCUACGUCCAUGAAAAAGGACAGGGUGUAAUUGAAGAAAAUGAGGUUUAUAGUAAUACUUUGGCUGGCGUUUGGGUGACAACAGGAAGUACUCCAGUUCUCCGGAGGAACAGAAUACACAGUGGGAAACAGGUUGGAGUAUACUUCUAUGACAACGGCCAUGGUGUGCUGGAAGACAAUGACAUCUAUAACCACAUGUAUUCUGGGGUACAAAUAAGAACGGGAAGCAACCCUAAGAUUAGACGCAACAAAAUCUGGGGAGGUCAGAAUGGAGGAAUACUUGUGUAUAAUUCUGGGCUUGGCUUCAUUGAAGACAAUGAGAUUUUUGACAACGCAAUGGCUGGCGUUUGGAUUAAAACAGACAGCAACCCAACAUUAAGAAGAAACAAAAUCCAUGAUGGGCGAGAUGGAGGAAUCUGUAUAUUUAAUGGAGGCCGAGGGUUACUUGAAGAGAACGACAUCUUCAGGAAUGCUCAGGCCGGCGUGCUAAUCAGCACCAACAGUCACCCCGUCUUACGGAAGAAUAGGAUAUUCGAUGGAUUUGCUGCAGGUAUUGAAAUCACAAAUCAUGCAACUGCGACCCUUGAAGGUAAUCAGAUAUUUAACAACCGCUUCGGAGGACUUUUUCUGGCGUCGGGCGUCAACGUUACUAUGAAAGAUAACAAAAUAAUGAACAAUCAAGAUGCCAUAGAAAAAGCAGUCAAUAGAGGCCAGUGUCUAUAUAAGAUAUCCAGUUAUACCAGCUACCCAAUGCAUGACUUUUACAGAUGUCACACCUGCAACACCACAGACCGUAAUGCCAUCUGCGUGAACUGCAUUAAGAAAUGCCACCAAGGACAUGAUGUAGAGUUUAUUAGACACGAUAGGUUCUUCUGUGACUGUGGUGCUGGAACACUGUCUAAUCCUUGUACGUUAGCUGGAGAGCCCACUCACGACACAGAUACAUUAUAUGACUCUGCUCCUCCUAUAGAAUCUAAUACUUUGCAACACAACUGAACUUGCGCUGAAAAGGGGGAAGUCCUGCCAUUCUAACAACUGUUUAAACACUUUUUAUUUUGGAAAAGAAAAAUUCAAUUAAAAGAAAAAAUUUGCCCUUUUUUUUUUGUUUGGGAACAUCGAUGUUGAUACGAUCGUACUCAACCUGCCAAAAACAAGGAAGUAGAGAUGGACGAGGCAAUAGUUGACUCAGGAUAUAAGGAAGAACUAGGCAUUUUUUUUUUUUUUUUUAAGCAUUACUCUACUCAAGACUUUCAGAAGGACAGAAGUGAAGAAAAAAGGAAAGUGCUCCUGUGUUGUACAGAUGCCUGUACAGUCUGCUGGUGUUCUUACUGGCAACAGUGGGAGGUAGUCCUUAUUCUGCAAGCAGCUUUUCUUGUAGCUGCCACAAACACGGACAUGGGUACCAAUAGCUAUUUGUAACAUGGUAAAAAUGUGAGCUAGCACUUCUGCGUUUCUUUUUGACUUUUUUUUUUUUUUAAUUUUUAAGAUUUAUUCAGAUUGAGAUAUUUUAAUGCUUUAAUCUCACGUAGGUUUUUUUUUUUUUAAAUUUCAAGCAAAAAUGUAUUGUACUUGAAUGUGUCCCUGUUUUGUUAGCACACCAUUGCUGUAACUGUACUCAUGUCCCAGUAUCUAUGUUCUUUCUAUGAAAGAGGAAAACACUAAUCUUAAUCCAGCAAUUUUUCUGGUAUCCUUUUGGAAAAAGUUAGAAUGUUGUCUCCUUUCCUCUUGUACCCUCCUUGCAACAGUCUUCGUAUAACAUAACACCUGGACAAGGACAGUUGUGUAAGGAGACAACGAUGCGGCAAGUGUAGGCUAUCACCGCCUUGGGAACUGGGGAGGGGGGGUGGUUGGGGAGGGGCGGGUGUUGACUCUGGUUAAAGGUUUACUGUCGUCUCUGCAGAUUGCUCUUGUAUGUCACUGUUCAUUUUUUGUUUGAACAGCCUGGAACUUUUACACUGCUGGAAAUGAAGAGAUUUCCUGCUCUUUAUGCGGCCGAGACGAGCAUAGAUAGUCAUAGCUUUUGUUUUAUUUUUUAAUUUUUAUUUCUCCCCCCUCCCUCAUUUAUAUGUAUUGGUGACAGUGGGUAAUCAAACAGCCUGAAAGUGUAUGCAUGUACCAUAACAUCUAGACUUAAUAUAUUGUGGAGUAUUCAAUAACCAUUAUGUAGAGGGUAGGUAUGAAUUAAAAGAAAAAAAAAAAAAAAGGGGGGGGAGGGGUUUAAUUUCCUAGGAAAGAAAAAAAAAUGGAAAUAUGGUCAUUUUUAAAAAAUAAAGUUUAUUAGAUCAUAAUGUGUGAAAACCAGCCUUGUGAAUAAACGCCAAAACCACAGUCGUACUUAAUUUAUUAAAUCAUCCUCUGGAGUUUGUCGAGAGCUUGGCUAUCCCAUGUCUGUUCUUGCAGCAACACAUAGAGCUCCCUGUGCAAUAGAAAGACAGUAGUGUUACCAGCAGUCAGUCACAGAGGGUAUUAGGCCAAGUGGUUAUUACUGUAGUAAAUCUAUUGUCAUGUUUUGCAAACACAGAACUUUGCAUCACUGUAAGGUUCCCUACAGCUAUUUUCCUUUACGUACUAUUAAAAUCAAAGUUGAAAUUAAGAUACACAUUUAAAAAUUGUUGGAAGUUAUUACAGAAUAAAAAUAUUUUAAAAAGGUU